AUUUUAAAAAUUAAAACCACUUGUUGUAAGAGGCUUGAGAUUCUUUAAUUAAUUUAUUUGUUCAUUUUAUUUAUCGAUUUACUAGACUACAGUCGUUUAUACAUUAGUUCUCACCGAGAAAAUAUGAAGUACAACGUGAAGAUAGGCAUUAUUGGAGGAUCAGGACUUGACGAUCCAGAUUUUUUUAAAGAUGCAACAGAGCAAAAAGUGACCACGCCUUAUGGCGAACCAUCAGAUUUACUUAUCUGCGGCAAGCUCAACGGUAUCAAUUGUGUUCUAUUAGCCAGGCAUGGACGUAAACACUCGAUAAGUCCCACCAAUAUAAACUAUCGUGCCAAUAUUUGGGCUUUGAAACAUUUAGGAUGUACGCAUAUUAUUGCAUCAUCAGCAACCGGUUCUUUAAAAGAAGAAAUUAAGCCUGGAGAUUUAGUGAUUUUGGAUUCUUUUAUUGAUUUAACAAAAAAACGUGACUUAACUAUGUUUAAUAAGGAUGAUCAAGUCAUACACAUACCAAUCGAACCUGCAUUUUGUUUAGCUACUCGAAAUAUUAUUAUUGAAACUGCCCAAAGCCUUGGCAUUCAUGUUCAUCAAACUGGUACAGCUGUAGUUAUUGAAGGACCUAGAUUCUCAACAAAGGCUGAAAGUAAUGUAUAUCGAUCAUGGAAUGCUGAUUUAGUCAAUAUGACACUUGUUCCAGAGGUUGUGUUGGCUAAAGAAGCAGGCUUGCUAUAUGCCACAGUAGCUAUGGCCACAGAUUAUGAUUGUUGGAGAGAAGCAACAGAAAAAGUCAAUGUUGCAAGUGUCAUCAAAAUUUUUCAAGAAAAUGUUAAAAAAAUUACAAAAUUAUUUAUUGAAGUUGUGCCUAAAAUAGCAGAAAAAAAUUGGGAUGUUGAAAUUGAUGAACUAAAUAGUCUCAUUCAAGAGAGUGUGCAGAGUAAAUGAAAAUGAAACAUGACAAUGAAGAUAUCAAACAAUAUUUGUAAUCCCUAUAUUUGUAAAAAUAUUGUUUCU